CCGGGAUCGAAUACAAGUCAAUGGGUUAGCUAUCUUUAAGACCCUGCAACAUUAGAAAGCGCUUUGUCAAUAAGGCAUUACGAUGGCUUCGCAACCCAUAGUCGCAUUUGACUACGAUUUCUCUCCAUAUGGACAGAAGAUUCGCAGUGCGCUUGCGGCCUCCAAUGUAGCCUUUUUGCGCGCCGAUGUCCCUCCUGUUCUACCGAGACCAACUUUGGAGAAACUGGGCAUCACCUAUCGUAGAAUCCCGGUGCUUGCUAUCGGCAAAGACGUAUAUUGUGAUUCAUCCUUGAUCAUCGAUACGAUCCAGAAGACCUUCAAAGCGCUUCCCAGUCACCCAGCUGACAAGGCCUUUGAAACCUUUGGAAGUGCUGGUCUGUUUGGAAGCGCAUUGAACGUCAUUCCAACAGCGGCUCUGACGCCCGAAUUCCUCAAGGACCGUGAGACCAUCUUCCCAGAUUUAGCACGUCCAGACUACGCCGAACUCAGGCCAAGUGGUCUUGCAGAGAUUCGAGAACAAUUUCAGAUCAUCGAAUCUCAAUUUCUUGCAGCUUCAGGGGGGGCUUUCAUUGGUGGGAACAGAAUCUCGCUCGCAGAUGUCCACGUCGGGUUCGUCGUAAAAUGGCUGUUCGGCAACCUUGAACUCAGCAAAGAGGUAGGAUUCGGGGCUGCAGAGUUUCCGUUGAUUCAUCAGUGGCUCGACAGUUGGCCAAAGUGGACCUAUACGGAUAUCUCUGCUGAGCAGGCGAUUGAGACGAUUACCAAGGCUGAGUACAGCGCCAAGGACAGUGGAGUGAACGAGAAUGACUACAUUCAGAUUCCCCCUGGGACGAAGGUUACAAUCGAGAAUUCGGAUACGAAGGCUGGUGCGCAUCUUCAAGUCGGUAGAUUGGUUGGACUGAACGACUUGGAGACCGUGAUCGAGCUGGAGAAUACUGUUAGGGUUCACUUUCCACGUAGAGGUUAUUAUGUGAAGAGAGCAUAGACAUGUGAGAUUUGACAGCUCUGAGUAUAGUCCAAGCAAUAUGAUGCCAAAAGUCAUUGGAAACAACAUGUGCUCUGGUGGUGAAGAACAGAAAGGAGAAAACAUUACGCGCGACGCGUUGAUUGUACCCGACUAGGAUUUUGCUCUUAUCCGCUUUCGGAACCGUC